AUGCUCCUCAAGAUCACCUUUCAAUUCUUACUAAUUCAGCAACUCCCGGUAGCCCGAAAACCUCUAGUGAAUGUCGUGAAUGCGCUGAGGAAUAACGAGGUGAGAAAAUUACACUUAUUACUUGGUUACUCCAAUCCCUCUGGAACCCUCAUCGAUGGCAAUCGGUGUGAUUUUGGGAGCACAUGUGACGUUUACUUCCUUCUUUGUAUCAAAAGCACUACGGGCACGUCCUGCGACAUGUACAAUGAGACCACGGAAGUCUAUCCAGACGUGACUGAGGUGAGCGCGGCGGGCGCGAUUGAAACGGUGAUCCCGCUAAUCUCACCCCUCAGAAAAACCAUGGAGAUAGUAAUCGACGUAUGGGAUUUUGACAUUGUUUCCAGCAGUGACUUCAUCGCCCAGUUUGAGGGGAUACUGGAUAUGGAAACGCUUUCGCAAAAUUGGUCAGCAGUUCCCCUGUUCCGGAGGGACCUCGUCUAUAUGAAUGAUGUUUUCAUGAAGGCCCUUGUACGUGUGGAUUGCGCGGGACAGGAGACGAACGGUACAUGCAACAUCGUGUGCAGGCCCCGUGAAGGUGUGAACACGUGCGACUCGGAUGGCAACUUCAUUUGUCUAAGAGGGUUUAUGGGUCCAACAUGCGAUCAGAUUGACUACUGUGCCGCAAAUGAUUGUGCAGACUAUGCCAUUUGUCAGUCGUUGCGAGAUGGAUACAAGUGCGUGUGCAGUGGCUACGAAGGUAGUGCAUGUGAGAAGGGCUAUAAUCCCUGCCUCGAUGGGUCCCUCUGCGGCCCUAACGGCCAGUGUAAAGCGGACGGACCAGAGUACCAGUGUGUCUGCGAGGUUGGCUGGGGCGGAAGACACUGUGAAAGAAAGGCCACGCCAUGCGAACGCGCCGCCCGGGAGCUGGGUCAGUCAACUGUCUGCCUUAACGGUGGCAGCUGUCAGAACAUCGGUGACAAUGAGUACUACUGUCAAUGUCCUCAACCCAGGACAGGACCCAGGUGCGAGGUGCUGGACAUCUGUAGUGCCGAAAAUUGCUCGGGCCAUGGUGCUUGUGCAUUUCUGGACUCAAGUGUGGACAGUUUCCACUGCGAAUGUAAUUACGGAUGGACUGGAGCCUCCUGCAGCCUAAAACUACUGACACCUUGUCAAGUCGCCAGUCAAAAACUUCACACAAAUGUGUCAAUGGUGUGCCUACACGGUGGCACAUGCGUCGACAACGCUAACGGUGUGGAUUUCAGUUGUGAGUGUUUACAAGGCUGGUUCGGGAGGCAAUGUGAAAUCUUCUUCACCCAGACAUUGUACUUCAUUCUACCUACGGCAAUGUUGCCACUUCUCAUCAUUGUAGUUAUCGCAGCGGCCUAUCGAAGAUAUCUAAGGCGAAGAUUCUGCGAAAAGACUAAACCCAUGACGUAUGUUACUCGACGGGUUAGUGAACACAGUGAAGACCCUAUCAGCCGCAAAAUAUCUCCGUACGCAAUUUACAUCCCAAGUGGGGGUGACAUUGCUGCCUACGGUCUAUACAAUGACCCUUACUACAUCCAGCCGGUGAAGGACCAGGAGAAGGUGCCACUCAGCCAUCAAAAUUCCGACGCAGUAACACUCGACAGGAGAGAGAGCGGCGGAGGUCUCACACCCAUUCUGCCACCAAAGAAUGCUCCGGGUGUGAAGGGACCAAGAGGCUCAACCGAUAAGCAUAUUUACAUCAAUAACUUUAACUCUGCCAUCGAGUAG